UUCACAAAUGAAUCUCCUCGUAUUAGAAAGACGUUUACUUCAAACAAGUCUUCGCUACGCAGCCACAGAUCGUAGUAAAGUGGAAUACACCUUGAAAAUGCUUAAGGAAGAUUUGCUUCGCCAGGAUGAAGAGGCUAGGAAGCGGAAACUAGUGCCAACCACUUCGGAGGCAGAGAAAAAGAAAACCAUAAUGCAAAAGAUUGUUCACGAGCUGAAGCACUACUACCACGGUUUUCGACUGCUAGCGCUCGAGACCAGAUUGAGCGCUAAGUAUAUGUGGCGUUUACUCCGUGGAGAUACCCUAUCUCGGAGAGAACGCCAACAACUGGUCCGUACUGUGUCAGACUUGUUUCGUCUAGUUCCGUUUUCUAUUUUCAUCAUUGUUCCUUUCAUGGAACUUGCCCUUCCUAUCUUCAUCAAACUGUUUCCAAACAUGCUACCUAGCACGUUCCAGGAGAGCAGCAAAGAGGAAGAGAAACUUCGGAAACAAGUAAAAGUGAAGGUAGAAAUGGCGAAAUUCUUACAAGACACCAUUGAAGAAAUUGCUCUCGAACGAAGGUCUAAAGCUACCGAACCUAAGGAUUCGAAGGCUUUGGAAUUUGCUCAGUUCAUUAAAAAGGUCAUUCGCUCUGAAGGCGGGUAUGUAUCGAACCAAGAACUGUUCAAAUUCUCAAAACUCUUUGAGGAUGAGCUUACCCUAGAUAAUCUCAGUAUGAGCCAGUUACGCUCUUUGUGUCGUUUGAUGUCUAUACAACCUUUUGGAAGCCCAGAGAUUCUUCGCUUUCAACUUCACAUGAAACUGCGAGAAUUGAAAGCCGAUGACAAGCAAAUAACUGCUGAAGGCGGCGUUGAUGCUUUGAAUACGAUUGACCUACAGCAAGCUUGUCGAGCUAGGGGGAUGCGAGCGGCCGGUUUAAGCGAAGAGCGACUUCGAGAUCAGCUAAAACAGUGGCUAGAGCUGUCACUCAGCGACAAAGUGCCACCAUCUCUGCUUCUUUUAUCCAGAGCUCUGUACUUACCAGAAGAUAUCUCCUUCACGGACAGGCUUAAAUCACUUGUUCAAAGUCUUCCUGAAAGCAUUGCUGAAAGCACACGGCAAAAACUGACGGAAUUGGAAGGUGGACAAGUCGGUUACAAGGAAAGAUUGGACUUGAUCAAACAGAUUGAAGAGGCCAUAGCAAAUGAAAACGCAAUGGAAGAAGAAAAGAAGCGCGAAGAAGAGAAGCAGAGAAUUCUCUUGGAAGAAGCAGAGAAAGCAAAAGCAAGUGUUGGUCCUGCCGCAGCGACCGUUGCGGCAUCGGCAAUGGAGACUUCUGAGAAACUCGCUCAAGCUGCUAGUGCAGCAACCGAAGCGCUGGAUGCCAUGAAGGAAGACCUUGUUGGAGCUGUUCAAGAAGCGGUGGACUUGCAUGCGGAGAAAGGCGAUAAACCCGAACCCGAAGCAGUGGUUGAACCUGAAGAUCUCUCUUCCAUUGAGCAAAUUUUGGUUGGUGGACCUCUUCGCGAAGCCAAGCAUGAUAUACUCGGAUUGAAAGAGAAGGCUAUUGAACAUUCCGAGGAUCUCGUUGAGAUCACUGCACUAGAUAGCGCUUUUUCGGAAACGAAGGUCGCUCAACGUCUGCGGAAUAAAUUGAAUAGUAUGAUCGACAAUGUCGAUACCCUGGUCUCAAAAAUAGAAGAAGAAAAGCGAAUGGUAGAAGAAACUAUCGUAGAUCCUGCUGUGCCUGACAGCGUAGCAGCGAAGAGGGAAAAGCAAGUGCGUAUUCAAGAUCUUGUGAAUGCUUUAACAAAACUGCAAGCCAGCGCCGCGAUUGCUGGAGAUUCACAGGAAGCAAAAGAAAGGCGUUCUCGCAUAGAGCAACUUCUUUUGAGCAUUGAUCAAGAUUCAGAUGGCAUUAUUGAUGCAGAUCUCGUGUUAGAGGUGAUAGCGCUUAUGGAACGACACGGAGAUGUCAAACUGUCUGCAGGACAGAUAGCUUCAAUGGUAGACAUGCUCAAAAAGGAAAGUGAGGUUGAAGCAAUGACCAAAAAGAUUGAUUCGCUGGAUGCACCUAUGAUGCCACAGGGACCAACUAAUGAAUCAAUGGAAGAAGAAGAGGAAAACUCUAAAGAUUCGUCAAAAAAAUUGAUCGACAUACCCAAUGUGGAUCCUAAAGUAACAGUCCCCCUAAGUAAUAAGAAUGGAGGUAACGGGGUACCUCGGCCUACUUCAGAAAAACCACCAGUUUAG